AGUGUUGCGGAAGCCGAAGUGGACACCUUUUGCUUUGGUUGUGUUAUGAGACUUGACUCAUUCAUAAAUCUUGAAAUUUAGACUACUACACGGUCUAAUGUUGAAUGAAUUUUUUUUUACAAUAUUUUAAAACUUCGUUUUAUGUUUUAACAUUGUGUUAAUUAGUUGUAAUAAAAUAAAUGUAGCGGUGAUUAUCAGAUCUACUGAAAAUGUCAAGAAGUUCUAAAGGAGCUUUACGAUAUAAUGGCGGAAUAGUGGAAAUAAAGAGCAAGUUUGAUGCUGAGUUUCGAAGAUUUUCUAUUGAUAAAUCGAAGAUGAGACUGUUUGAUGACUUCUAUCAUCUGUUAGAAAACCUUCAUUUCUUGCAAGAUGUUCCAUUCAUCAUCACCUACACAGACCAGUACAUGGAUUUACUACCAAUCAACAAUAAUGAGAAUUUUAGUCGAGCACUUUCCACAGCCAGACCAAGUUUAAAGAUUUUAAUACAGCGUAAAGGUGAAAGCUAUGGUGAAUUAAAUGGAUAUGGAUCUCAACCAGUCAAGAAGAAGAAUCCGAUCACUAAAUUGAUUAGUUCAGAAAACUCUCCACGCCAAAAGAUACAGAUUAGCCUCAUGGAGGAUUUUAGGAGAGUCUCUGCUAUUAUUGAUGUUGAUAUUGUACCAGAAACUCACCGGAGGGUUAAGUUAAUGAAAAAUGGUUCAGACAAACCAUUAGGGUUUUACAUUCGAGAUGGUACCAGUGUCAGAGUUACUCCGCAUGGUUUAGAAAAGGUACCAGCAAUAUUUAUUUCAAGACUGGUUCCUGGAGGUCUGGCUGAAAGUACAGGUUUGUUGGCUGUCAAUGAUGAAGUUCUUGAAGUCAAUGGCAUAGAAGUAGCUGGCAAAAAAUUAGAUCAGGUGACAGAUAUGAUGGUUGCUAACAGUUCCAACCUGAUUAUUACAGUUAAACCUGUUAAUCAGCACAUGACUCUGGCCCCUCAUCGUGGUGCUGUGGGCCGCAACAGCAACAUAUCCUCCACCUCUCAGGCCUCGCAACAAUCGCAGGCCUCCAAUUACUCCUACCACUCAGCCAAAUCAUUUGACAGUGAACCUGUGGCUGAAGACGAUGAAGAUGAAAUACAUGACCAUCUGUCUUCUGCAGCUGCUGCAGAGUUGGACACUUCUAACAGUGAAAGGGGAGAUGGCUCAGACGUUGAGAGUAUGUCUAGUAAAAACAGCAGCCGGAAGCAGUUUAAAGGUAAAAACAAAAGUAUGAAGGACUCUGAGAAUUCCAGUGACCAGGAAAGAAAAGAGAAUGAAGAUCCGGUUGCAACGCUUUAGCGGCUAUUGUUGUCACCACUCUUGGCUAUCAGUUAGUGUGAACAAUUGGUUGUGAUUUAUUAACAUUUUUACAAGGAAAAAGUUUAUACACACUCUUAACCAUUACAAUAAAUUAAAGUACAUAUGUAUAGUAUCGACUUGUAUCUGCUUGGAGGUAGCUCCUGAUGUUAGAUAACAAGACUUAUAGGUUACUAUAUUUACAAAAUAUGAGGUACCAUUCCCAGUCUUUAUUGUUUCUAUAUUGUUCAUAUGAUGCAAUUAUGUAUUGCAAAUUAUUUAUUCUAAACACUUUAGAAGUGUUUUCCCACUAUUUAUAUUUAUAAGGGAUUAAUAGUACAUAUGUUUGUAGACUGCAUGAAAUAUUUAGAUGUAACUUAAAUCAUCAUGUCAUACUUUAAAAUUUCUUUCCUGAAUCAUUUUGUGUAUAUUAUGCAUGUAAAGAUUCUCAAAGGGUAACAAGAAAUUAGAACAAAACCAGGGAUGCUUUAUUUAUUUAAUAGCAGUCAUUCCUUACUGUUCCCUUUUAUUUUUUUUUAUUAUAUUGUCAUUGUAUUAUAAUAUUUGAAUGAUUAUAGAUGUAUGACUGUUGACUAUAUCACUAUAAAAACAAAAGAGAAAUGUAUUAAAUUUCUUUAGCCUCCACAAGAUAGUAAUGUAUUUCAAAAUUGUUGACAUUUUUAAUUGGUGAAUAGCCACUGUUGUUCAUUAUCAUGUUUAAUUGACUGUAAAAAUUAGUGUAUAAAGUAAACAUUUUUUUUUACUUUAAAAAACAAAAAUGAGGUCAAACGAAAUGCAUGCUUGCAUAAAUUAAUGACAGCUCAUUAUUUAAAAUGAGUGUUGAUGGGAAUUAUUAGUGUGUUCCAUAUGUGUGAUUAGUCCUCAAAAGGUUAUUUUUAAAAGUUAAUGCAUGAUGCUUUACAUUUUUUAAAGUAAAAUUAUGUUCUGUCUGUUCAAACAUAUUUAAUAUGUUCAAAAUAUUGGUGCUUUAAUGAAUACUGAUUGCAACGGAUUUGUGCCUUUUUUUUUUUCUACAUUCACACCCCAAGAUAUUCUUGUUCUUAUGAAAGUAAUAGUAGUAGACUUAAUUUUUUGGAAACAUUUUGAAGUGUUUCUAAUUAAUGUGAUUGAAGGAGCAGUAUGGUAAUACAGACCUGCCUACCGUUACGCAAAAUGCGUAUUCGUUACUCAAAAUCUCCCAAAAAUGACAGUCAGUACGCGAAUACGCAUUGAACCCGUCGCGUUACGCUUUUCGUAUCUUUUUUUCCCCCCUCUCUUGACUAGCUUACGAGCGGUCACGGAGGUCACGCUAAGCCAUUUUGUUGGCCGGGGGGGGGGGGACAGGGACAGAAAAGGUGGGGGAACACAUUGUGUCCAGAUCUAUACGUUGAUUGGUUCUUAAAAGCAAUUAGAUUUAGUCUAGAAAUGAAGAACGCGAGAGUGAGGGAGUGGCGGGUUGGUACCGUCAGUUAGCUGAUACACCAACGUGACUUUUUUUUUGUAAGUUCAUUAGUAGAAAUUAAUUAUGUUGAAUCCCUGAUUCCCGUAUUCAUUUGUAUAGAAAAAAAUAUCAAAGUGCUAUCGAUUCAAAACACAUUGAGUGACGUAGAUAUCUAGUCUAGAUCUGGAUUCUAGAUCUAGAAAGCUUGUUAUACAGGAAUAGAUCUAGCUAGUCAUUACGUUAGUCAUGAUUCUCUACAUUACUCAACAAUCUAGAUCCAAUUUAGUUGUAGUAUGAUUUAGAUUGAUUAGAUCUAGAUCUAUAACAUCUACUACCAUCUAGUCUGGAUCUAGACUAGAUUCUUAGUCUUAGUAUAGAAUAGAUCAAGGAUGAAGGUAGGCUUACGAAAGUUUGGAGUAGACCUACGUUUGUAGCGGAUCCACGGCAUCGGUAACACUCUCGAGCCCAGAUCUAGGUCUGGAGUAGAUUAUAUUCAUUAUAUAGACAUAGAUCUAGUCUAGAUAUCAUCUCUAUUGUCAUAUUGAUCUAGAUUUAGAUUGUAGAUUUAAACAUGACAUCUAGAUCUAAUAUUAUAUAUAUAUAUAUAUAUAUAUAUGACAAAGUAGUGGAUCUCGUAAGUGUUACGCAUUCUGGUUCCAAAAUACGCAUUUUGACCAUCAGCGUUACGCAUUUGGAUUUUUUUUUGGUAGGCAGGUCUGGGUAAUAAGUAUCCCUUGCCUGCUCAUUUUAUGUCAGUAUCUACUUUCUGAUGGAAAUUAUUUUGGGGCAACUCAAUAAUAUUGUGAAAUUUCUUGUCCUAUUUACAGUCUAUCAUUUAGUAGUUACUUUUUCCAUUUGUUCAUAACAUUUAAUUAUGUUUGUUCUUGAUGACAAGUUUAAUUUCUUUAUGUAUUGUUUAUACUCUGAAUGUUCAUUCUUAUCUUAUACUUUAUCUCUACAUAGCUUGUUGGAAAUUUGAAUAAUUUUUUCCUUUUAAUAUACAAUAUGUACUGUUCACUACUAAACAUAAUGAUUCGGGACAGUGAUCAGAAUGUUUUUAUAAUGUCAUGUCCUUGUCUUAUACAUCUAAAAGUUAAAUGAGACUCAUAAUUUUGUGUUAGAUUUUGGUGAAAUAUUUGCCACUGUUUUGGCUUGCAAGCUAUAUCUAAUAAGCAUUUAUGAUAGAAAAAAAUAAAUAAAAGUAAAAUUACACCCUUAAAAAUAAAGUAAUUCUAAAAAGAGGACAGAGUUUUUUUUUUUUUUUUAAAUCUUUCUCCUGAUUAAGACUUGAACAAUUGGUAAGAAUUGGAAAUAUUUGUUUAUCAUUUUAUUAUUGCUUUUUAAAUAAAGUUUUAUUUUUAAAUUACAGCAUUAUCCAUUAUCAAACUGGAAGAGUUUGUAAAGAAACUUCUCUUUAAACAUUCCUGUUAAACUAUUUAGCAAGUCAUUCUAAUGUUUAUGGACCAGUGUCUGAUAUUGGCAGUUAAAAAAAAUAUGGUUGGCUUUAUUUUAUUAAAAGUUGUUUGCCAUUUUUGUAUACAUUAUUAUCAUUAUUAAAAAAAAAUCAAUUACUUUUACACUCUUUUGUGUCAUUUUUCUCAUAUACAUUGAUAGCACAGAAGAAAAAAACACCAUCCAGCAUUUUUCCAUGUAUAUUUUUUUUCUUGUAUGUUGAAAUUAUUCCUCUGUUAAAAUGUACUUUUAUAAUCAAUGAUAGCAAAUUUUAUAAAUAUUUACAGUCAUCAUAUACAUAUAUCAAUUGUCACUUAUUUUCUACUUAAUACUUACACACUUUACCUUAAUAUCUUUGCAUUCCAAUUCCUAAUCAUUCAUGUUUUAUACUCGCCACACCAACACACACACAACUUUCCCCCAAAUCCUUUAUAAAAAUACCUAUAUUAUGUAGUAUCAGUUUAUGGAUAAUUAGUCAAAUGCAUUAAGAGGAGCAUUAUACAUGGCUCUUUGUGCGUACAUUGUUUUGAUCAAAGGUUUCCCACAUUUAUGGCAAAAAAUAAAAUGCAAUGUGAAUAUAAAUGA